AUGUGUGGUGUGGAGAGCUUCAUGCAGCGCCAGUUCGGCGCGCUCCUGCAGCCGGGCGUCAACAAGUUCUCGCUGCGGAUGUUCGGCAGCCAGAAGGCUGUGGAGCGCGAGCAGGAGCGCGUCAAGUCGGCGGGGGCCUGGAUCAUCCACCCGUACAGCGACUUCAGGUUCUACUGGGACUUCACCAUGCUGCUUUUCAUGGUGGGAAACCUCAUAAUCAUCCCGGUGGGCAUCACCUUCUUCAAGGACGAGACCACGGCCCCGUGGAUCGUGUUCAACGUGGUCUCGGACACGUUCUUCCUCAUGGACCUGGUGCUGAACUUCCGCACGGGCAUCGUGAUCGAGGACAACACGGAGAUCAUCCUGGACCCUGAGAAGAUCAAGAAGAAGUACCUGCGCACGUGGUUCGUGGUGGACUUUGUGUCCUCCAUCCCCGUGGACUAUAUCUUCCUCAUCGUGGAGAAAGGCAUUGACUCUGAGGUCUACAAGACGGCGCGCGCCCUGCGCAUUGUGCGCUUCACCAAGAUCCUCAGCCUGCUGCGGCUGCUGCGCCUGUCGCGCCUCAUCCGCUACAUCCACCAGUGGGAGGAGGUGAUGUACGCAUCAUACCACCUGCCUGAGUCUUAGUUUCUCUUGGUUGUCUCUAGACGUGGGAGGCUCGCCAUCUUGGAUGCCUGGGGGAGGACAGGCAGGCGGCCCCUGGGGUCGAGGAGCUCCCUGGGCUGUGAGCGCCCGCCCACCUGCCCACCUUUGCCCUUGCAGAAUCACUCAUGGAGCGAGCUCUACUCCUUCGCCCUCUUCAAGGCCAUGAGCCACAUGCUCUGCAUUGGGUACGGUCGGCAGGCGCCUGAGAGCAUGACCGACAUCUGGCUGACAAUGCUGAGCAUGAUCGUGGGCGCCACCUGCUAUGCCAUGUUCAUCGGACACGCCACUGCCCUCAUUCAGUCGCUGGACUCCUCCAGGCGCCAGUACCAGGAGAAGUACAAGCAGGUAGAGCAGUACAUGUCCUUCCACAAGCUGCCUGCGGACUUCCGACAGAAAAUCCACGACUACUAUGAGCACCGCUACCAAGGCAAGAUGUUUGAUGAAGACAGCAUCCUGGGAGAGCUCAACGGGCCCCUGCGGGAGGAGAUUGUGAACUUUAAUUGCCGGAAGCUGGUGGCCUCGAUGCCACUGUUUGCCAACGCUGACCCCAACUUUGUCACAGCCAUGCUGACCAAACUCAAGUUUGAGGUCUUCCAGCCAGGUGACUACAUCAUCCGUGAGGGCACCAUUGGCAAGAAGAUGUACUUCAUACAGCACGGCGUGGUCAGUGUGCUCACCAAGGGCAACAAGGAGAUGAAGCUAUCCGAUGGCUCCUAUUUCGGGGAGAUCUGCCUGCUAACGCGGGGCCGGCGCACAGCAAGUGUGCGGGCUGACACCUACUGCCGCCUCUACUCACUGAGUGUGGACAACUUCAACGAGGUGCUGGAGGAGUACCCCAUGAUGCGGCGGGCCUUUGAGACCGUUGCCAUUGACCGCCUGGACCGCAUUGGCAAGAAGAACUCAAUUCUGCUGCACAAGGUACAACAUGACCUCAACUCUGGAGUGUUCAACAACCAGGAGAAUGCCAUCAUCCAGGAGAUCGUCAAGUAUGACCGGGAGAUGGUGCAGCAGGCUGAGCUGGGCCAGAGAGUGGGCCUCUUUCCGCCACCUCCACCACCACAGGUCACCUCGGCCAUUGCCACGCUGCAGCAGGCUGUGGCCAUGAGCUUCUGCCCGCAGGUGGCACGGCCGCUCGUGGGGCCACUGGCACUCAGCUCGCCCCGCCUUGUGCGGCGCCUACCCCCGGGGCCUGCUUCUGCUGCCACUGCCUCGCCGGGUCCCGCACCCGCUGCCAGUCCCCCAGGCGCACCCACCAGUCCUCGGGCUCCACGGACUUCGCCCUAUGGUGGCGCACCCUGCUCUCCAGCUGCGCCCCGUGCUGGGCCUGCACUUCCAGCGCGCCGCCUGAGCCGCGCCUCGCGCCCGCUGUCUGCCCCGGACCGCAGGGACUCGGCCUUGCCCAGUGCCACAGGAGGCCUCGACCCGCUGGACUCGGCGCGCUCGCGCCUCUCGUCCAACUUGUGA